UUGAGAGCCUCGGCUCUAUACAAACCGCAUCCGUCUAUAAAUGCCAUUUGAACGACGAUUUUGAAGUCCGCCGAAAAAUUUUCGAGGGCUGCUAUUCUUCGCGCUUUCUUCUUCCAAAUCCUUUCUCGCUCUGCUGUCUCACACUUCUCAGUGCUCAGCAUUACUCUUCUCUCUCUUCCUUCCAAAUGGAUGGACAAGACUCAGAAGAUCCAAAAAGCACUGCUGAUAUGACAGCGUUUGUUCAAAACCUCCUUCAGCAGAUGCAAUCCAGGUUUCAGACCAUGUCUGACUCCAUAGUCUCAAAGAUUGACGAAAUGGGAAACCGGAUAGAUGAGCUAGAGCAGAGCAUUAAUGACCUGAAAGCUGAAAUUGGCGGAGAUGGCUCUCCAUCUCCAUUGCCUCCUUCCAAAGUUAAACAGGAAGAGACCCCCAGUGGCUCAUCUUAAACUUGGGUGAUUUUGGAUAUUAUGUUAAACCAGAUUGAGUCCAUCAUUAUGUUAUACCAUAUAUCCUCUUGGAACACAUGUGAACCUCAUUCUAGUUUGUUGGUUUACAUUUUAUUUGCUUCUCUUUGGAUGGAUAUAUUAGAGAAAUGAUUGCCUAGAAUCAUAGCUAUUUGAGACAAUUGAAUGUGGACCAUUAUUGAGCCUUGAAAUUUCCCUGGUUGUGAAGAUUAUAGUUAUAAAUGUUUUUUAAUGUGGCU